AUGGCAGGAAAGAAGCCCAGCGUAAGGGCAAGAAUCGAGAGCAUUUCUUCUCCAUCCACGUCAGAUGCAGACUCGGAGUCGCAGGUGUUGAAUGGCUACGGCAACGGGGCGCUUAAAAAGCAGUCUCGCAUCUCGAGGGUUAAAAGCCUCAUGGCUCAAGAUGUCCAUGAAGACUGGUCCGACAUAAUUCUGGUCAUACUCAGCUUCAUAUCUGGUAUGGUCGACUCUGCGGUUUUCAACACCUGGAGUUGCUUCGUCAGUAUGCAAACAGGAAAUACUGUCUACGUUGGUCUCGGUGUAUCUGGCCAGCCACACAGCCAGCCAUACCGAUGGGUGAAAUCCAGCACUGCAAUUGCCUCUUUCUGUGCCGGCUGCUUUUUCUUCUCCAGGGCCUCUCGUUUCCUAGGUCCUCUCAAACGCAGCACCAUGGUAUCUUCCUGUAUCUUCCAAGCAAUCUUCUGCUUCGCAGCAGUUGCAAUGGUCAUUACAGGCUUCGUGCCAAAGGAUGCAGGCGAUAGACUACCCCAUAACUUUAUCGUUCUGCUACCACUCAUGCUCUUGAGUUUCCAAUCCGCAGGACAAAUCGUCAUGUCCAGAUUCCUAGGGUUUAACGAACUUCCUACUGUGGUCCUCACAUCGACUUACUGUGACCUAUUCAUGGACGCAGCUCUAUUCACUCUCCCAGUCGCACGGGGAGGGAAUCUCAAGCGCAAUCGUCGAUUUAUUUCUGCAAUUGCUCUUGUUGUCGGCGCUGCGAUCAGUGGCUUCCUGACCGAGGAUGGUGACAUUGCACACCCCCUCUGGAUCACAGGAGUUCUGAAGAUCUUUAUUGCUAUGACAUGGGUAUUCUGGCAAGGGAAGGGGGCUAUUCGUCUUGAAUAG